UUGACGUUGGCCGCCAUUUUCAAAACACGGGUGAGCAGUCAACACGGAAGACCUGUAGAAUCCAACGAAAAUCCGGAGCAUCCGCCCAUCUUACGCGGAAAUAAGACUUUAAAGUUUCAUUUUAGAAACUGAUGCGCACGUGAAGAUGUCGAUUGGGGUACCAAUUAAGGUUCUUCACGAAGCGGAGGGCCAUGUUAUUACAUGUGAGACAACAAUGGGGGAAGUGUACCGGGGGAAGCUGGUGGAAGCGGAGGACAACAUGAACUGCCAGAUGUCUAACAUAACAGUAACGUAUAGGGAUGGCCGAGUGGCACAGCUAGAGAAUGUUUACAUCCGAGGUAGCAAAAUUCGAUUUUUGAUUUUACCAGACAUGUUGAAAAAUGCACCGAUGUUCAAAAAGAUUCAAGGGAAAGGAGGCGGAGCUGGUCGUGGGAAAUCGGCCAUUCUUAGAGCACAAGCUGCCAGAGGUCGGGGAAGAGCAGGUGGCAGAGGCAAUGUGUUCCAGAGGAGAAAGUGACAGUAGCAGCAAUUUGAUUGCAUUUCUAAUUAAUGUGAAGGCAACACACACACAGAUGUUAUGUUGACAAGUGUUCGGUAUUGUGGACUGUGUGCUGCACAUUGGAAACAAGUCGGAAGCUCUUGUGGAUGGUACCAGUAAAGACUGUCUGUCUGCUCCCGCUAAUGUCAGGAAUGGAUUGAUCAUAACCAACUCUCAUUACAUUUUAGAAUAAUUGUACUUCGCUGUAUAUCCAGACAUUUUCAUUUUAUCAUCCAUGUUUGAAAUAAAUUCCAUCUUUGUUGAUGGCUUAACAUCAAAUCAUUUAGCUUGCCCCACCUGUUU